GUCGGUCGGUCGGUCGGUCGGUCGGUCGAACGAUCCCGUCCGCUCGCGUUACAAAGUUGAAACCGGACGUAACGUCUCGGUUCCUCGGAGGAGGGGCCCGAAAUUGUCCCUUCGUCGUUCGGUCGUCGCAGUUCGUAAGUCCGUCGCGUCGUAGGAGCGUGCGCGGACGCGACACCGGUUGGGCCGUCGCUCGUGCGCGAACGCGAGCGAGGACGCGGGAGAGAAACGCUCAACGCGCACAAGGCAAGAACGCGUCCGCACUCCGCCGCCCAGCGCGGUGACACGAUCGUGGUGCGCUCGCGCGUUUCUCGCGCGUCUGUGUUGAAUUCUCUAGCGCGUCAGCGCCUAAGCCUUCCUCCGUCGUUUCGGCAAAACGGCAAUCGUCCGUGCGUGUGCGUUGUUGCGCGCGUAACGUACGCUCGCGGGCGUCGCGCGCGCGUUUACAUGCGCACACGCACGCAACGUACACACGUAUAUCGGAAUUGAGAAAGCAAGAAAGAGAGAGAGAGAGAAAAAGAAGGAUCAAGUUGAUCAAUGAACCAAAUAUCCUGCAGUUUCUAAUCGUCGUGAAUUAAGUGACCGUAGUGCGAAGGUGUACGACGGAGUCGCGGAAAUUGACGGGAAUUUCCGUUCACGUAUGCUGCUAGUGUGUCUGUAGUGACGUUUGUGUGUGUGUAUGUGUGUGUGUGUGCACGUGUACGGUGUAAGGUUAGGAUUGUGCCGUUGUGAGAGAAAGAGUGGCCUUCCCUCCAGAAAAAGGGGGGAAAAGGAGAGAGGAAAGGAUCGGCGUUGCGCGCGAUCGCGAUCGCGGAAAACGGAAUAUCGGAAUCAACGACGGCGGGCGGAGCGAAGGGGGCAGUCCUCGAUCGAGAUCUGGAUUACGCGGGCGCGUCGAGGAUCGCCAAGAUUUUGCCAAUUCGUAAAAAAGAAGGACACACGGACAGGGAUGGCAUGAGGGAGGGCUCCGGCAACGUUGCCGACGUGUUAGCAGUGGGCGGGGGUGGUGCUGUGCUGGUGCUCAGCGAGCUUGAGAGCAUGGCGGCCAGGCAACAGCGGGAAAUCGCUCAGCAAAGGCGCCUCCUGGAGCAGAAAGAGGCCCGCUUAGCCGUGCUUCGAGGCGCACAGGAGCCAGCACAGCAGGACAGACUCGCUAGAUUGAGGCACAAGCUGGACCAGCAACAAAGUAAGCUGAAUCGACUGCGAUUACUCAGAUCGCAGACGGAUCAGUCGCGUGUCAACAAUGCGACAUUGACCUCCGAUCUGGACUGCAUCAGAGCUCUAUUCAAUGAGAAGGAGAAGGAACUCUCGUUGGCUGUAGCAAAGGUCGAGGAGCUGACGCGGCAGCUGGAAGAACUCCGAGGUCGUCAGAAUGCUCCCGCCGGUGGUGGAAGCGCCGGUAGCAUCGGGGGCAGUCUCACGGGUGCUACCGGCAAUGGACAUUUGGUCACCCCAGCCAGUGCCGAACUGGAGAAACUUCGAAGGGAGCUUAUGUAUCGCAACAAGAUGAACGAACAGCAAAACCAAGUAGUAUCUCAGCAACGGCAGGCCUUGGCACAACGACAGGCCGAGAUGGCGUCGAUAGACGCGCGAAUAGCUCAACUUCAAAGUCGUCUCCAGCGCAAGAGAGCAUUGAAUCAACGAUUAACACAAGUGGGUCCUAAUGGCAGUGGUGUUAACAACACUGGAUUCCCGGACACAAAGCUCGAUGGUUUUAACAACAGCGGCAAGUUAAGACCGGCCGGCAAUAUCGCCGCGAUCGAGCCGUAUUCACACAUACCGAACGACAAUGAUUUCAAUCUAAACAAAAACGACCCCAAGUACCAGACACUGCCGUACAACACCAAGUUUACAAUGAACUUUAAGGCUAUAGAAGACGACGUGAACAAAAAUAAAAUACAACAUUCAGCGAGCGCCUCCCAGUUGGGACAGCGGCCGACCUUUCAGCAAUACGGGCAUCAAAUUGUUCACAGCCAGUCGCAGUCUCAUAUUCAGGGACAAUCUCAAUUACUAGGAAGCAAUCAACAGCAACAGCAGCACAAUCAAAAUCUUGGCAACCAACCCACGACAAUCCAAUCAAGUUGCAACUACAAUAACAACAACAACAACAACAACAACAAUAACAGCAACAAUCUCAUCUGUAAUACUGCGCAUAACUUUAGUCCGGACAAUUUGUCGCAAGGUCUUCGUCUUCACCAAGGUCAUCAGCAUCAACAACAAUCGCAGACACAGCAACAGCAGCAGCAUCAAAAUAGCAAUCUCCAGCAGAAGCAACACAACGUGACCAGCAUUAGCGGUGCAUCAACGACAUCGAAUCUCGUAGGUGUUACUGUUCCGUCGAUCAUACAAACUACGCAGAAUCAACAUCGAAAUCUGCAGCAGACCGUAGGUGGUCAUCAAAAACCAGUGUCGAGCGUGGCACCAAGUUUUUCAGUCAAGUCACAGAUCUAUCAAACCUCCUCGACCAAGAUCCAUCCAGUUAUGCCGCAGACAUUGAGCCUACUGGGUCGCGGACAUAACAAUGCGGCGCAAAACUACAUCGGCAACAAUCAACAGUUAGCGACGGCGAAUACCCAGCUACAAUCUAGCGCCGGGAAUCAAGAAACAAAUUAUAGACAUGGUUAUCCCGUUGCUCAACAGCAGCAGCAGCAGCAGCAACAACAGCAGUAUCAAAAUCAGACGAACAUUCACGGGUCUUCUCCGGCAGCCGUAUAUCAGAUCCAGAGUUCGUCCAAUCUCGUUGGUCUUCACGGCACCACUACGACUUUUGGCAAUUCUUCCCAGAAGUAUAAUCAAUCGUCACAAGUGUUGAGUCCUAACGAUCUCGGACAAAGCCAGGAUCAAAUACUGAACAAUCAAAAAACUAAAUUUGAAUCGAGCAAGAGUCAGGACAAGUUCGAGCAUGCAUUACCGUCUAACAAUAAACAUGAGCAGCAGCAGCAACAACACGAGGGAAGAUUGUCGAACAAGUAUGAUCACAAUCCAACAUUCAAACACGAAUCUUCGAGUGCCAGUCAAUACAAAUCGGAGUAUAAAUCUGAACCGAGCAAGUAUGAGAGUAGUGGCCAGAGCAAAUUCGAGAUGGUGUCAGCCAAAUACGAACCAAAUUCCACGACGAAACACGCGGUUGAUCAUGUAGCCGCCAAGUUCGAAAUCCCCGCGAAAACACCAGACAGACCAUUCGAAUUCGACAAGCCGGCGACAAAGAGCAGCGACAGCGAGAGAAAGAAUUUCAAUGAGCCGCGAAUAGAGGAUAAGACGAAACCGGCAUUGCCGCCGAAACCGAGCAAACCGAAUCCGCCGCCAAGACUUACUCAUCACGAGAAGAUUGAUGUGUCAUCAUCCGAAGGAAUCAACGAGUGCAAGAUGACUAACACAAAUCUCAAUUCAAGGUCGGAUAAGGACGAGGAAAUACCGCCGAUUCCUACGUCAGAACCGCCUGAAUCUCCUACGGAAACACAACUUGCCAAUCAUCAGAUCAUCAAAGCUCGGCCGUUAACGCUGAAGAAAGUACCGAUAUCAGAGCAACCGAAAUUGAGAUACGCCAAAUCCAAUGUUCACGUGUCGAUAAAUCGCCGAAUUGAGAUGCCCCCGGCCUUCCUGUUUCCGGAGACAGAAAUUCCGGCGGAUCUCAUGCAGACUGAUCAACAACAGCAGCAACAGCAACAUCAACAGCAAAUCAUCGACACUACGGACAGUUGCAAGAUUACCAACGAAGAUAAUAUCGGUGACGGUGAGAGACUGGAGGAAGCGGACAUCAUCGACGCUCUGAAUGUAAUCAACAUAGAGGACAAGCCGACGAAGAUGAAGACCGACUCGGAAUUGACCGGGGGAAUCGGAGGUGAAAUGGAGAUAGACGGAAGCAAGAUAUCGGAAGUAAUGAGGAGGAAGAAGGGAAAUCUCAAGUCGACGAGCACGGGAGGUAGUAGUGGCAAGGUCAAUCUGUCCAGGCGGGUAUCGUUCGAUCCACUGGCGCUGUUACUCGACGCUAGUCUCGAGGGAGAACUCGAGCUCGUAAAGAAAACCGCGAAAGAGGUUGCCAAUCCGAGUUCCGCUAAUGAUGAAGGUAUUACCGCUCUGCACAACGCCAUAUGCGCCGGUCACCUCGAGAUUGUCAAAUUCCUCGUAGAAUUCGGCUGCGAUGUCAACGCCCAGGACAGUGAUGGAUGGACACCGUUACACUGCGCCGCCAGUUGUAACAAUUUAUCUAUGGUGAGAUUCUUGGUCGAACAUGGUGCUUGCAUUUUUGCAACCACCCUUUCAGAUCACGAGACCGCCGCAGAAAAAUGCGAGGAAGACGAAGAAGGAUUCGACGGAUGUUCGGAGUAUUUGUAUAGCGUUCAAGAAAAGUUGGGGAUUAUGAAUAACGGUCAGGUAUAUGCGGUUUUCGAUUACGAAGCCCAACACGCUGACGAACUCUCAUUGAAGAACGGCGACUCCGUAAUCGUACUUCGGAAGGGGGAUGAUAACGAACGGGAAUGGUGGUGGAGCAAACUCGGACAUAAAGAAGGCUAUGUACCUCGGAAUUUAUUGGGGUUAUAUCCCAGAGUGCAGCCAGCGAAAGCGAUUGAUUAAAAUGUUCGCAGAAUAUCCGAUGAUUACGACAGUAUUCGACUUGCAGCUUUAUCUUGUUAAUUGUUAUAAUACGAUACAUAGGCACAUUAGUAAAUAUUUAAUAGCAUUGCCAUCCGAAUGAACACGGAUAUCGCAAAGACGGAAUCUACCCAAUUUUUGUUAACAAGUCUUCUAAUUACAUAGCACGCGUAUGUCAUUUUUCUUGUAGCUUAUAAAAUGAGAUUGCGUCAUCGUGGAUUUUAAUGAUUUUAAUCGGCUACGAUUUGCCAUGAAUCCGCGAGUCGAAUGAUCGUACAGAUACACGUUACCCGUAGUUAUUGACAAUGUCAAUAUAUAUAUGGCAAUGCAUUUCCUUAUGACUUUUUCUCACAUUUUAGAUAAGACAAAUGUUUUAAUAACGGAUUGCACAAUUAUUGGCCGAAUGUCUAUCCGAUUUUACAUUUCAAUUUAUAGCUGCACAGGCAUUCUCAACUCAACUUUCUGUUUGAAAGUUUAAUUAAGAAUUGAGAGACAUGUCGUGUCUCUCACUUACACUCGUAAACCAUCAAAUUAUUUAUCACUAUAUUAUUUAUAUAGCGAUAUAUU